GUGGAGCAGUUCUGGCGAUCAGUCCACGGCUGCAAACCGGAGGACUUCAUCCCUGCACCUUGGACUUUGAAGUAGCUGUGUCAUGUCGCAUUGGCUCAAAGCUCAAGCAGGUGAGCUUUCUAUAAAGCUGACCACCCUGCUUCCACCCAGUCGCCAGACACUCGUCGAAUUCUUGAAGGCAGCCCAAAGUAUAUAUCAAAGAGUACACGUGCGGGGAUGCCAGUCUCUAACACAACCCCAAACGGAGCUUCAUUACUCCUGGCGAAAGGAUCCUUGGUCCAUACGUCACGCCAGCCAUCAGUGUCACCAGCGAGAAACCGCCCGCUUUCAACAUGGGUAUACACAUAUCAUUCAGCGUCUCAGACAAAUGCUUUUCCGACAGCCAUGCACCCUGCUCAACAAACGUCGGGUGCCAGCGGGCCACGCAGGCGAUUGAGUGGAGAGUCAAUAAAGCGACGGAAAGGCCACGGCCAAAAGAGCGAGCGUAUAAUGCGGAAGCACAACGGGCGGCUGCGGGCUCACUGGUACGUAAGCCGGGUAGUAGGCAGUCGGUAUAUCGGGUCUCCAUACGCGACGUUAUGGUUUGUCGUGGAGUGGGUUGAUGGUUCAUAUACGAUUGAGCCUGCAACAAAUCUGGAGCAGUCAGCUGAUGGUGCAGUCAAUGCCUUUUACACACGAUAUCCCAGGGCGGAUGGGGCUAGACAAACAUCGCCUCGUGGUCGGAGGCGCAGAGGGUGUGGCUACUAGUCUGGCCACGCGUAUAUAUACCAAAUGCUACAUAGCAUCUCGAGCGGAUGCGUAGUCGCAUAAGUGUUGUUAAGGUAUUGCUCAGACUCUGUUGUUGUCAUGCUGGCGCGCAGAAGGAGUGAGGGUCGGUUGCAGAAGUCGCUACAUUUCCCCCGCUCUUGGCGUAUUUCUUCUAAACGCGAUCUUUCGACGGUAGAGUGGAUGGUACACUCGAUGUCAAGGCUACGUAU